GUUCACGAUACAACACACCACACGCACCUGGUCCCACCCAUAUGAUCAAUGAAAGGAAAAAUGACCAUUGUGUCAGCAAAGGUAAAAGGAAAGAUGUCUGACAUAAACACAAAAAUGAAGAAUAAAGGCUAUAAUCCUUUCGGUACGGAUGACUCCAAGGGCGACUGGGGGAAACGAAAGACGGGAGGGUCGUCUGUUUCGUCGUCGUCAAGUGGUGAGGAUGGCCAGGGCAGGGGUGUAGUGGCCUUUUUGCGUGGCAUCUGCUGCUGCUGCUUCUACCCUCACCCACAACACCCACUCCUCUCCUCUUCCGUUGUCACCCACAGGAAGAUCUCGCGGGUGGAGUCGACCGAGUCCCUAGCAAAGGACAACCUGGAGCUGCCAGAGCGCCCCACCCACGCCCUAAUGACCCCCCAGGAGAGGCUCCUACACGCCCGUGCCCUCAACCGCCUCCAGUCUAACAACACCACCACGACUCAAGCCCACGCCGCCCAGAAUGGGGUGACUAAAUCAGGGCGCUCAACGAAUCAGCCGGUGGCGGCCCCUCGUAGCGGACGGAUCCCCGUGUCAGCGUCCAACUCCCCCUCCAACCCCCCAGACAAGGUGUCCUCGAUUUCAUCACAACUGGCUAAUUCCUCCUGCCCGUCCCUCGCGAAUGCCAGUCCCAAGAGCCUUCGUCGCCUUCCCGUUACCCCUUCAGGUAGCCCACGCCCGGAGCGGUCCUCCCACGCUCCCCGUCCCACUCAACUAUCUCUUGCCAUCCAUGCAGCCCGCAACAAGGGGAGCACUACGCCCACGACCGGGUCGCCAGCCAGCACGCCCACGACCCCGCGGAGUGGGUCAGGGAGUUGGGGGGUGGUGAGGACCGGAUUCAACAGCUUGAUGAAGGCAGUGACAACCUCCCCCCACCAUCGCCAUGACCCUCACAAUGGGCUCCCACACUCUGACGAGGAAGAAGAAGUGGCGUGUAACAGAGAAGACAAAGGGCUCCCCAAAGCAGCGUGUAUCCGACCAGCCACCGGCGGCCUGGACAACCCCGCCAAGGAGUGUUACGGUUCCGUCACGCUCAAGGUGGUGGGGCGCCAAGGACGAUGGGUGCGCGUGGGCGUGUGUGGGCUGGCGGGGCUGCCGUGGGUGGGUGGAUCUGGUGGGCUGAUGCUGGAGGUAAGCGUGGAGCCUGGAGGUCGCUCACGCUGGAUGGUCCUCCCUCACGCUCACGGCCCCAACGUUAAUGUUAAGUUGGAGGCCGUGGUGAAGGCCCCGCGGGAAUCCAAGACGAAGAAGAGAGGUCUGGUGAAGGUGUCGGUGUGGGUAUGUGAGCGUGUGUGGCGUCACGGGGCCAUAGGGCACGCUCUGGCGCCCCUCACAGAGCCCUCAGACCCUGUCACUGUGUCUCUCCACCACCACACUCAGCUGACGGACGACCUGGGUGUUGUGGAGGUGAGUCUUCGCUGUGACUACCACGACACAAGCACCGAGGGAGUAGGUAAUUCAGCCCAGGGAGAGGUGACCCUUACCCUGGAGGUGCUCAGAGCAAGGAACUUAAGGCCUCACCACCCCAGCGUCUUCUCUAAGGCUGCUCACUCGAGGAAGAAAGAUAUCGUGGAGGUGGUGUGUCGGGUGGGACUCUGGGUAAAGGGUGAAAGAAUAGAGAGAGAGUCUUCGACGCCUGUCCGGUUGCCUGUGACACAGGAUCCUGUCUUCCGUUCUCGCUCAGUCUUCAUCCUACACAGGGAGAACCUACAGCAUGCUGCCAUUCUCCUUAAGGUGUUGUACACUAGCAAGUGGGGUGUUGAGGACACGGUGGGUCGGUUACAGCUCGGCCACUUGCUGUACCUUGGCUCCUCCCCUGAUCACACCUACUUGACGCCACCGCCAGACUACAACACCUCUAUUACCCUCUCCCACUGGGGCCAGGCGCUCAAGACCCCUGGACCCAACACCAUGUGGCACCACCUCCAACUCUGACCAACCCCGCUGCCCAACCCAUCUCUAUGACUACCUACACCAGGAUUCUCUAAAGUACUCCUGCCUUGAUCUAUGCCAACGCAUCUGACCCACUCUAGUUAGCCUACAGCAUAUGUGGUGGCCAGAAUAACGUCGACAUUAUACCGAAACUUAGGAGGAAACACGUGCCUUGUCCUGAUCACCUGUAGGGGCGGAUGUAUACAGUAAACCUACAGUAAUAUUUUCUGAGAAUCUUGGCUCAAGAAAUGUUGAUUAUGUGUGGUUUAUACGCCGGACAUUAUUCGUUAUUGAAGAUACAUAAAUUUAACUAGAUUCACUUAACACCAUUUAGGACAUGAAAUUUAGAUAAUAUUUUCCGAAAGAUUCUGUACACACUAAUACUGCCUGGAGCUGAGCAAAUAUGUGUAGUUACAGUGGAAUCGCAUUGUAACUCUGAUAUUAUUUUAAGACAUUACUUGAGGCAACCAGAUGGUGCCUUCUCCCGUCUUUAGUUACGAGGAGAAUGGAUCACAUCAUCUGAGGAUGUUGUCAUUGUUAAGGGGGGGGCCACUUAGUGAUAUGUAGAUAUUUAUUUUAGCUACUAUAGUAAUACUUAAAGAGUAUACUGAAAAUAUUGUUAUCCUCUUUGAUGGUUUUAUUAUGAACCAUUUGGGUUAGUUUGACUAAAUCUUAAUGUUACUUGUACGUCUCUGAUCAUUUGUUUCAUGUAUAAAACGGAGGCAGUAUAGCGAGUAGCGGCUUGAUAAUGAAGUGAUUCGCAUAUUUUGGUUGAUAAUUCAUUCGUGAUGUACUAAUUUACAAUAUGAAUGUCAAUAUAUUUGUAUUACAAUAACCAAAGAGGAGUUUCUCAAAAACACUGAAAUAUUUAUACGCGAUUAUGGUUAAUACGAUGGUGAUAACACUACAGUUUGAAUGUAAUUUAUGUG